AUGCUUCUUUCCCAAACCUUUGCACUGCUGCUCGGAACUGCGAGCGUUGCCUCAGCCAAAUGGAUUGUGCCGGGCGCCCGCUGGCUUGACACAGAUGGCAACAUUUUCAACGCUCACGCUGGAGGUCUUUGCGUGGACGAAAAGACAGGCAGAUUCUGCUGGUUCGGGGAGUACAAGAUUCAGGGCCAAGUCGAAGGUGGUGGCAUUUCUGUCUACAGCUCCGAUGAUCUUGCGACAUGGGAGUCACACGGCCUCGCACUCGUAGAAGGCCACGAGUAUGUCUCCUCGCACAACCGCAUCCAGCGUCCCAAGGUUAUUUACAGCAAGGAGACGGGCAAGUACCAUAUGUGGUGGCACGUCGUCGACUCCAAAUAUAGCAUGCUGCUCCAGGGCCUAGCCACAGCUGAUAGCAUUGCUGGCCCAUACAUUUUCCAAGAUGCCAUCGCACCUCUCGGCAACUGGGUCGAGGGCCGCGAUGUCUAUGUCAGCAAGUUCAACAGCAACCUGACUGAUGUCGAGGAGGUAACUUUCCGCUUCAACAAAUACGACUUUGAGGCCCCGACGAUUCUGCAGACAGAAAAGAGCUACUUCGCCUUGAUGAGCCACAAGACAGGCUACCGCCCUAACAAUGUUGUCGGGAUGCGCGCCGACAAACUUGAGGGUCCUUGGUCGCAGCCGUUUAUCGUAUCUCCAGCCUACACUCGUACCUUCAGGACCCAGUCCGGCUUCUCUUGGAGGAUCAAGGGCUCAAAGAAGACUACAUACCUCUACAUGGCUGACCAGUGGGACAUGCUGCAAACUGGCGAGUGGUAUCCCAUCAAGGGCAAGACCUACACCUCCAAGCGUGCAAAGCUUGCUGGAGACGCGUUCCUACAGGAGGCCUCAUUUGGAAGCCAUAAUGUGAUCGCUACUGAUACCGAUGACAUGGGCUUCGGUGACCAACCUUACGGACAGCCCGAUCGCAUUAAUGGCACGUGGCAACUGCGCCGCAUCAGCAGUGUUGUUCUCAACGAUGAUACCGACCACGUCCACACUCUGUACCAGAAGGACACUCAUAAAGGAAUCAUUCUUUCGACACCCCUACAGCUGCCUCUAAAGAAGGGCCGUAACAAGAUCACCAUCGGAGGCUUAUACAAUGGGUUCGACUACAAGGGCGCCGAUCUCGACAGAAUUGUGGUGUACCCUCCCGAGCCCAAGAACAGGAAGCGAGCGUGGUUUUAA